AACUAUACUAUAUCUGGUCAAUGCUAGAAUCUUUGAUUAUCCUCGUGCCGCUUCACAUAUCAUUACUCACAUAAACGCAUGGUUUUCGUGUGUUCGGUUCAAGGAUCGGCAAGAGAUCAAACCAAGGAUGGUGGUGGGAUCACUUCGUGGAGCACCCAGGUUAUGCUGUCAAAGACCCAGCUUCGAUGGUCAGUGGAAAGGCAAAGGUAGUGUGUGCAAGGCUCUAUGAGCAACGUGUUGCGCAUGAGCAGGCAAUGGAUGAGCAGCAGGUACACUUGGGCCAGCGAGAUGCACCAAGGGACGAAGUGGCAAUAGCAGGCACUCUUUGGGCUAGUGGCCCGAAUGAUCCCCAACGCAACUGAGACACUCACCCUUCUGGCAGAACUCAAGAUGUAUGUUCACGAAGAGCAUGUACGCAACGAUGUGGUCAAGAAGUGGCUUCAACGCCGGUACUGUGACACCGAGGCCACUGACAAAGCAGAGCCUACUCAAGUAGUUCAUGCAGUUGGCGACAAUCUAUCAGGAGAAAGCAGCGAACGGGAGCCACCCAGCCUCGCUUUCGAGAGGCGAGGGAUAAGUGAUGUUGCAGCAGACCUUAUCCGAGCUGUUCAGGAGGAGAAGGAGAUUUCCACCACAGAAUCAAUGC